AAGCCGUUGAAUCAUGCGGUCGCUCAUCUCGGUACCUCGGGGUUUCCCCGCACAUCCCCGCGCGCUUCAUUGCCGGCCGAGGGUCAUCGCACAACGCCAGUUUUUCCCUCUCCGGCGAGCGGUGCGUUGGAAUAGCUCCAAAAAAGAAAAUAGAGACAAUGGCAGUGAAGGUCAUAGAAACAAUGCCCAUACUGAGUUCUCUGGCAAUUCUUCAGGCUCUUGGACUUCAGGCGGGACCCUGAUUGCAUCCGCUUUAGCCGCGGGCGUAGGCUAUGCAUAUGCCGUCACAAGCCGACCAUCGCAGCCGCAGAACCUCAAGGAACCUCAGUAUGGAUCUGCGAAGGAUUUCGAGAAGGCUAUUGCGGAAUUACGGGCUACGCUAGGCGAUGAUACUAUUAGCACCGACGAGGACGAUCUCCAGCAACAUGGGUUCUCGGAAUGGUCCAGUGUCAAUGCUGAUCGUCUGCCAGUCGCCAUUGCUUACCCUACGAAAACGGACGAUGUCGCUCAAAUCGCUAAGAUUUGUCACAAAUACAAGAUGCCAAUGGUGCCCUACUCCGGUGGAUCUAGCCUCGAAGCCAACUUUUCAGCUCCUUACGGUGGGUUGACCAUUGACUUCGCGAUGAUGAACAAGAUAUUAGAGUUGCACGAAUCUGAUUUGGACGUUGUGGUCCAACCGUCCAUUCAAUGGAUGGACUUGAAUGAAAAAAUUAAGGACAGCGGUCUUUUCUUCCCCGUCGAUCCUGGACCGUCAGCAAUGAUAGGCGGAAUGAUCGGUACAAACUGCAGUGGUACAAAUGCUGUGAGAUAUGGAACUAUGAAGGAUUGGGUUAUCAACCUCACUGUUGUGCUCGCGGACGGUCGUAUCAUCAAGACACGCAGACGUCCCCGCAAAACUUCAGCGGGGUACAACUUGACAGGCAUGUUCGUGGGAUCGGAGGGGACGCUUGGUCUUGUGACUGAAGCUACCCUCAAGUUGACCCCAAUUCCAGAGCAGACUCGUGUCGGCGUGGUUACCUUUCCCACUAUACGUGAUGCUGCAUCGACUGCCAUGCAACUGGUCCGAAAAGGGAUCCAGGUACAGUGCAUGGAAAUAUUAGAUGAGGUUCAGAUGGAUGUCAUCAACCGUGCAGGGGGGACUGGACGAACAUGGAAGACAUUGCCUACUCUGUUCUUUAAAUUCUCCGGUACCAAGGCUGGGGUUGCUGAUAGCAUCAACCUGACCAAAACGCUAGCCAAGGGUAACCAUGCAAGCUCUUUUGAAUUCGCCCGAGAUGAGCGAGAAGCACACGAUCUAUGGUCCGCACGGAAACAAUCGCUAUGGAGCAUGCUGGCAUUACGGGAGCGAGGUGCCGAAGUCUGGUCAACCGACGUUUCUGUACCAAUCUCCAGACUACCGGACAUUAUCGAAAUAUCAAAGAAGGAACUUGAUGGUCUUGGAAUCUUUGCGAGUAUUCUUGGGCACAUUGGCGAUGGAAAUUUCCACGCAAGUAUCCUAUACGACCGUACGAACCCAGAAGAAAGAGAGCGCGUUGAAAAGGUUGUCUACGACAUGGUCGACCGUGCCCUGGAAAUGGAAGGCUCCUGCACUGGUGAGCAUGGUGUAGGGCUGGGUAAGAAAAGCUCCCUAAAGAAGGAACUUGGUCCAGACACGAUUGGCAUUAUGCGUUCCAUCAAGAAGUCUCUUGAUCCUCACUGGCUGUUGAAUCCCGGCAAGAUCUUCGACUAUGAAAACGAAGCAUGAAUAUUGUCGACUCUCAUAGCUAAAAUUAACAUAGCCAUGGUAGAUUGGACGGGAAAAUGGAAUUGUACAUGAAUCU